AGAAAUGGCUGACAAAUCGACGGAGGUUGAAAAGGCCAUUGACCCAAUCAUUGACUUGGGUAACCUGCUGUUUAUUGAUCGAGAGCCAAUCCAAGGAGACGCAAGUGAAGGACUCGAGGAACGUGCUAGGAAGAACACACAACUCCUUUUCAACAACAUCUGGCAGCUGGAGCAAAAAAGAGUAGAAGAGGCUAUUAUUGUUACUCUCCCUCCCGCCACUUACCGUCUUCCUCGUGAGAAACGAUUGCCAGAGAAAAAAGAGCCGACGAAAUGGGAGAAAUAUGCUGCUGAAAAGGGAAUUGAGAAGAGAAAGAAGGAUAAGAAGGUGUUCGAUGAAGCGACAAAGGAAUGGAAACCGACCUAUGGAUACAGACGUGGAAAUGAUGAUACCAAGGAUUGGCUGAUCGAAAUUCCUGACAACGCAGAAGAUCCGAACAAGGAUUUCUUUGCUGAGAGACGCGAAAAGAAGAAGGAGAGAGUUGCAAAGAACGAUAUGCAGAGAAUGAAGAAUCUUGCUCGUCAGAUGAAGACAACAGUCAAGAGCGGUCCAUCGACAGAAAAGAUGAUCGGAGUAGGAGUCGAUGCCAAGGAAAAAUCAAAGCAACAAGUUCGUUUCGCAGUGGAUCGUGCAAAGCUUGCCACAGCUUCCGCUGGAAAGUUCCAGGAAGGAUUGAAGGGAGAGAAGGCCAACGUGAAAACUGGCAAGAAGAGAAAGUUCGAAGCCAACGAAGCUCCAGUUUCUGGCGAGAAAGAACGUGCUCUCCAGAUUCUUCAACGAAUGAAGUCAAAGAAAGCAAAGAUUGUUGAAGAAAAGGCUGCUGCAGUUGCUGGACCUUUGAGAGAGAAGAAGGAAAAAUCGGAGAGGAAAGGUGCUAAAGAUCAAACAAGACAGAAGAGUCAGAUUCACAGACAACAGUGGUUCAAAAACAAGGUCGACGGCAAGAAGAAGGGUACUGGUGGUGCUGGAAAGAAGGGAGCCAACAAGGCCAAAGCAAGAAAGGGAUAAUCUAUGUUCUUGUUUUUUAUUCAAAUUUGUUGAUUUUGAUUCGUUUAUUUUUUUUGUUACUUUCUUUUUUAUUCAUCAAAUUUUAACAUUCAAUAAAUAAAUGUUCUGUUAA